CUUUCCGAUAUCUCACAUGCUAAAGAGGAAUUGGUUCCUUCCAGCAGGGCCUCCUCCUGGUGCCUCCUCUAAACUGGUUCUUGAAAGUGUCAAGAAAACCUCAUCCAAUUCAAGAAACUACACCUUCAUUGGACGCUUUCCUCCUAAUGCUAGACUCCACCUUCAGCCAUUACCAGGUUAUUCUCUUCUCUCCUGGUCUCUUGAGUCAUUCAUUCCUCCAGUGACUCCUUAUGGUGAUGAGGGAUUAGGUUGCUAUUACAUUAUGUACACUAGAGGGAAUGGAGGGGGAGAGACUAAACUGUGGAUUGAAGUGAAGGGUGAUAUUGAUGUAAGUCCAGUGUUAGAAGUAUCCCUAAUAUCAGUGUAUAUCAACCCUCCUUCAUCAACCAGUGAUGAGUUACAGCAGUUAUUAUCAUUAUUACCAUCAUGGGUCUCUACUAUCAGCUGGACUUCAGUAAUGGACAAUGUGACAUUCUAAUAUACUAUUAAUAUACUGAUAAUAUACUGUUAAUAUACUGAUAUACUCUCUGCUUAUAGUAAUUCCUAUAUAUUUGUAUUUUGUAUUAUUGAAGUAUUAGAAUUUAGACAGUUAAACAACUUCUGUUGAGUAUAAGCUUUAUCAAUACAUUUUUUGUAAAAUAACAUUGUGAAUUUAGCUGACUACAGAAGUGGUAUCAGCAAAGUUUUUGACUUAACGUUACACGAAGUUAAAGAGUUGUAUCAGCUCCUUUCUCCCCUCCAACAGUUGGAUUAUUUAAACCUGCAUUUAUAG